UUUCACCUCUAGAACAAGAAAGGAAAGUGCAGAUUUAAGUUCUGACAAUGGGAAAAGAGGCAUACUGCUGCUAAGGGUGGCCAAAGAGUUCUGGUUUUCCACAUAUCCUCAGCACCAGCCCUUCAUAUGACGUUGCUGGAUGGGAAUUAAGCACUGGGAUUAAAAGGCGUGGAGGAGUUGAGGAUCUACCACAAAUGUUUGGCUUCAUGGCAACAUAACCAGCGCAAAGGAUUAAUUGUCGGAAUAGAACAUUUAUUUUGAAACUAUGACUGAAGCAGUUGAAGCACGGUCGUCGACCACCACCACCAUGGUCAUCGAAAGUAAGAACGGAGACGCUGGGUCACCACCUUCCCGGGUGUCCAAGAAAACUUUUAAAGAUGAUGUCUACUCUACGUUUAGCUCCCCACUGGCCUGGAUCUUGGUUCUGGCCCUCAUCAUUACAUGGUCUUGUGUUUUUGUCAUUAUGUUUGAUCUGAUGGACUACAAGACCAUUUCAGGUCGCCCGCCUCCUGGCAUCAGGAAGGUUUUAAAGGAUUCAGGGCGUAGAGGAGGCAUCAGUAGGAUCGGCUCAGACCCCAUGAAAGCUGUGAAUGAUGCCGUGGAGGAAUCAGCAAACGUAUUCAGUGUAAUAUUUAAAUUUGCUGCCAACCUGAUUGCACCUGAAGAAGAUGAAGGAAAUCUAUAUGCAGUGAGGAAAAAAGGAGAAUUUCUACCAUCACGAAAUAAAGUCGUAGAGAUGCAAGCAAAGAAGAAACCACCAGUGGCUGAAGUUGAGGAGGAGGGAGAGGAGGAGGGAGAGGAGGAGGGAGAUGAAGAAACACUAGAGGAGGAAGAGGAAGAAGAGGAAUAUGAGGAGGACUAUGAGGAGGAGUAUGAGGAGGAGGAGUAUGAAGAGGAAUAUGAGGAGGAAGAGCAGGAAGAGGAGGAGGAAGGAGCAGUGGAGGAGGAGGAAGAGGAGGAAGGAGGAGAUGAAGAGGAAGAAGACGCAGAAGAAGCUGAAGGGGAGGAGGAGGAGGAAGAAGAGGAGGAGGAGGAGGAAGAGGCUGGAGGAGCAGAAGAAGAGGAGGAGGAUGAGGAAGAGGAAGCAGCGUCAGAAGCUGAGGAGGAGGAGGAGGGAGGAGAGGAAGAAGAGGCUGAAGGAGCAGAAGAAGAAGAGGAGGUGGAAGGAGAGGAAGAAGAAGGGGAAGAUGAGGAAGACGAGAAAGAACCUGAAUCAGCUGCAUCAGAGAUCGAUGAUGAUGAUGAUGAUGAUGAUGAAGAUGAAUUGAAAGGGGAUGAGGAUGAAGAAGAAGAGAAGGCGGAUGCUGUCGAUGAAGAUGACGAUGAAGAUGAAGAAGAGUCUGCUGAGGAACCAGCAGCUGCUGAUGCUGAGGAUGAUGAUGAGGAAGAGUUUCCUGAACCUGUUUCCACCUCUGAGGAUGAAGAGUCGGCUGUGUCUCCUGAUUCUGAGUCUGACGUACCUGUUGACGUCGACGACAGUGACGAAGAUUUAACGUUACCUGAUAAAGACAAAGAUGAUGAAGAUGAUGAAGAUGAUGACGAUAAAACCAGUGACGUUGAGUUCACUGACACCUCAGAUGUCAGUGAAUCAGCACUUCUUUCCAGUGAGGAGGAGGAGGAGGAGGAGGAUGAUGAUGUUGAUGAAGACGACAUAUUAGCUGAGAGUGUCGCGACAUCUGACAGCGAUGAUGUCAUUGAAGAAGACUCUGAUGAUGACCUGGAUCUUCCUCCUAUCACAAGUGACGACGAGGAAUAUGAUGAUGAGAAACUCCCAGAAGAGGAAGAUCUGCCCCCUCUGCCUCCUGUUGAAGAUGACGACGAAGAAAUUAAAGUUGCUGAAGACACUGAUGAGGAUGACGAAGAGGAUGAUGAUGAUUUGGACCAAUCAGACGAGGACAUCUCUGUUGCAUCCUCUGAACACUUUGCAGACGAUGAAGACGAUGAAGAUGACGAUGACGAUGAAUUUGACAGUGACCUUGACAAAGAUGUCGUAGCCAAACUUGAGGACACUGAAGACGAUCGUGACAAACUUGAUGAUGUCAUUGAAGAAGACAUCCAUGAUGAUGAUGAUGAUGAUGAAGACAAAGAGGAAGAGGAGGAUGUUCCCCCCUUUGCGAGUACAGACAGUGGAGUCUUAGGUGAUGAAGAUGAUGAUGAUGACAUUGCUUUUAAAACAGAUGAAGAAUCUGUUGGAGAGACUGUCUUCAGUGAUGACAUCUCCUAUGACACAACUGAUGAUGAUGAUGAUGAUGAUGAAAAAGAUUUUGAUACGAGCUCAUCUGAGUUCAAAUUUGAUCUUGAAGAUGAAAAAGAAACCACAGAAACAAUUGUUGAUGCUGACAAAGAUGAAGAUGACCUUAAAGAUAAAAUCACAGCAGAGUCAUUAGCUGAUGAGGAUGAAGAUCAUGAUGAAGAUGAUGAUGAUGGUGUUGAUGACAUCUUGCUGGCAGCUGCCACAGCAUCGGUGCUCACUGUCCAGGAGGAGGCAGCAAAGACUGAGGCAGACGACGAUGAUGAAGAGGACGAGCUUGAACAGGCUGAAGAUGAAGACAAGACUGAAGAAGCUGAAAUAGAGCAAACUGUUACCAGCCAGCCUGUUGCUCCUGAGGAGGAGGAUGGAGAGGACGAAGAGCCAGCGACCAAAGAGCCUCGGAAAUCUGUCGAUGAACCUGAAGAUAAGAAAGAGGAGUAUGAUGAAGAUGAUGAUGAUGAUGAUAAGAAGGCAACAGUGGAUGUGAUGAAACCUGUGCCUGAACCGGAGGAAGAAGCACCAAAGACUGAACCCACAGUGUGCCCCUGUAUGCUUGCUGCAAAGACCAAAGAGUCUUCCACGAAGUCUGCAGACACAAAAGAUGCUCCCAGGAGGGUUUCAGCUGUGAGAAGGAAAAAGGAGCGGGCACCUGUAAAGACAGAAGAAAAGCCCAAAAGAAAAGCUCUUCCCAGAAUUGCAGGUCUGCAACCCAGAAUCAAGAGGAUCAUGAGGACUUCUCCUCUUCUCAGAGUGAAAAGAGAGGAGAAGACCAAGACUCCCAAAACAGAGACCAAAAAACAAGAACAGGACACUGAAUCUGGACAAGAAGUUGGACCUUGCAAACCUGCACCUGUCUAUUGUCCAUCCCCACCUGGAUGGUACGUUCAUCACGUAGUCACAGACAAUCCAUACCCUCCUCCGACCAUGCCAGCUCCGUCUGCUCCUGUUCUGACCGCCCACCCCGUCCCUCCUGGAGCUCCAUCCACACAGUCUCUUUAUCAACAGCAACCUCCUCCACCACCGAUGCACCCGCUGUACGCACAGUAUCUUCCAUAUCCACCAAUGAUGCAGCCAAUGAUGCCGCCUCCACCCGAAUCCGCUCAGCCAGUCCAGCCAGCCCAGGCUGCGCAGCCAGAAGCCCCAGAACAAGCCACCCCUGUUCAGCCCGAGGUCCCGACUCCAGCUGCCGAAGCCCAGCCUGCUGCAGUUCCAGAACCAGAGAUGGUUGAGGAAGAAGUGAAGGCUGCUUCCACUAAGAAAGCUGCAGCAAAGAAAACCAAGGCUGCUGAUUCAGAGAAAGAGCCAGCAGCAGCCAAAGACAAAGCCAAGAAAGAUGCUGCUGUUUCGAAAGACAAAAGCAAAGCAGCCACUGCAAAAAAAGAGCCUGCUGCAAAAAAGGAGAAAGCCAAAGCGGCUAAGAAAGAGCCACCUGUGAAAGAGAAAGCCAAAUCUGCUGCAGCUCCUAAGAAAGAGCCUGCAGCUGUUCGACAGAGGAGGAAAUCAGCUUCUGAAAAGACAGAAGCAUCAUCUGUCAAGAGCAAAGUCAAGACAUCUGCAGCAGUGACAGAUGCAGAACGGCAUCCACAGCCAAUCAGACUAAGACCAAGACUAGAAGCCUUCAAGAGGGCGAAUGUUACCUCUCCGGCCAAAGAGGAGAAACCUGCCAGAUCUUCAUCUGAAACAGCCAAGACAAGAUCAAAAUUAUUGGCAGAGAAGAAAAGCAAAGCAGAGAAGGCUGAAAAGAAGUCUGUCAAAAAGGCUCAAGAUAAAGAGAAACAACCACCACAAGCUCAAGAGGCCCAGACUGAAGAAAAUGUUACAGAAAAGAAGAAACCUGGCCAGAGAUACUUCCAGUGCGUUUAUGUCCCGGGCAAAAAUGCACAGUACCCUCUACGACCUUUCACCCCAGCCAUGUCCCCCACCAUGUUGUCCCCUGCCCUCCGGUCAAUGCUGGAGCAGAGAGCAGCCAAAGCGUCGGGGCAUUAGGACUACAACUCCUCACCUCAUUUUAUUAACAGCACUGCAUCUCCCAGUCCAGCAGGGGGAGAUGUUUGAAUCUGUGGCAUCUUCAGAUAGAGAAGACCACCACAGACUCACAGAGAAAAGUGGACAGAACUAUUUUGUCUUUAAUUUAUUGAUGUAUUUUUUAAGUGGUUGAGCUCCUGGGGUUGAUAUUUCACAUUUUCAUUACUUGUUUAUGCUUCCUGUGUUUUGCCACCACUACUUGCCACUGCCAUGCCUCGCUUGUGUCUUGGAUAAAAAAUACUGGCACCAUUUUGUGAAAAAUUUUAUAGUUAUAGCAGCUAUAAUGUACAUAAAGAACAUGUUUAUAAUUUAGGAUGGGAUAAAGGGCCACAACUUUGCAUGUCAGUUUUUGUUUUUCUUUCCAUAACACCUUCUUUACAAUGUAUUGUUAAUUUAAAACAGUUUAAAUUUAGCUUAAGUUUUAAAGCAACUUAUUUUCAAAUUCAGUACUAUCUGGAAUAUGGAAAAUAUCCUGCACUGAAAUGUUAAUGGGGAAGUUUACUUUAUUAAAUUCUGAAAACAAACAACUCAGAUUGAAUUUUGAUGGCUUUAAACAUCACUUCAAACGGCAUAUUCUAUUGUUUUACUACACAAACCAUUAAAUCAGUUUUGUAUUCAAACCCUAAUAUCAAAUUUCAUAACAUAAAAGAACUCUGGAUUGACAAGUUUCCACUGUGAUCCCCCGCCCCUCAGUUUUUGAUUUGAAAACAUCAGAUUUUACCAUCUUGUAGCCUCAAAUUCCCUCGCCGGCGCUUGUUUCUUCUGCUUUGCAACAGAUUAGCAUGCAAAUGUUGGAGGGUCAAAUCCCAGGAGCUCCCACAUUGAUCCCAGCUGCAUCCCUGUCUCUGAUGUGUCUCAUCAACACGUAGGUGCACGCUGAUGAGCGAUGAAACACUCUCUUAGACAUGUUAGACUGCAUCUUGACCAGUUCACCUUCACAGGUGGUGUUUAUUGCCAAUUAAAGCUACUUCUGUUAUUUUUGAUUAAAAAGAUAAAGAGAUAAAAGACAAGAUACAUGUAGAUACUUUAUAUACCGCACCGCACUGUGUGACACUAAUCAAAAUAUGGAUAAUAGGAUGAACAAUAAAGGUUUGCUUAGAUCCAGGAGGCACUGAAAAGACUUUUAUAGGCUUAUAAACAUAAACUCAGUGUAGCGUAGCUGCAAUACACAUACAUUUUUAAUGUGUUUGCAAGACCAUUAUGCUAAUGCCAGGUGCAAAUUCAGUCAAGGUUCUUGUGUGUGACCUGUAGGGAAUCAGCCUCCUCAAUAUGUUUUAUUGAUGAUUCAAUUAAAGGAUUCAAUGACAGCAAUAUAAUACAUUAUUGCCUGACAAUACCAUUUAAAGAGCAGGAUUGUCUGGAUUUUUUUCUCAUAAGCCGAAGACUGCAAGAUUGUUUAAAAAAAGAAAUGCAAUUCAUGGACAGUCAAUGUCUUCUAUUGUUGGUUUUUCAUCCAAACUACUUGCAUUGACUCUGUCCAAGUCACAAAUAUCAGAUGUUUUAAGUCAGCAUGUUCAGAGACAGGGAGUCAGUGCAGGACAAGUUUGAUGUGACCAACUCAUGAGACGCUGUGAUGUUUGCUACAGUGAAUGAAUGUCAUUUGUGUUACUCAUCAGCGUAUUAAGUCUGAUACAUUGUCAUAUUUUCAGUUACCUCACUCAUUCAUAGCUCUGGUUUUGGGCCUCAGCAACAAGGCUGCCUUGUUGGUGCUACAAAACCUUUGCUGAGGAUUACCGGCAGUUUGCUGUUGUCGUCUUACCGAAUGGAAACCUGAUGCUAAGAGAACCAAAAGGAUUUUGUUUUUUACAUCAGGAAUAAUCCUGGGAUUCAAACCCACACUGGCCCAGAGUCUGCUGUAAUGUUCACUUGAUAUUAAGAGUUUAUUCUUUCUCGAUAGUGACAAUCUACUAAGUGAUUUUAUUUCAUUCAUGUUUGUAACACCAGUUUUGUCAGUUUCACCGUUAGGUAACGUGAUAAAGCAGUGCAAGUCACUCAUACCGUUGUAAUUUUAACCUAGUAAAACCUGGUGAACUGACUUAUACCAGCUAUUGAAGUGUAGACUGAAGUCUGAGGUAAGGCAGUUGCUAGUCUUUGUUGUGUUGCAAAUCUAUACACAACUUCACAGCACUAACCUCAAAAAGUGAAACAGAAAGUGAAGCACAUUAUAGAGAUGAUGCAAAUCUAUAAAGAUGUGAGGGGAGACAAAAACAUGCAAGUUCCAUCAGUGCAACCUGAGGUGAAGAAGCAUCUUAUCCUUCAGCUGUAUGUCCCUGUUACAACAGAAAUAGCAGAUAACUGAAGUUACUGUAGAGUUCUGACUGGAGUGAUGUUUACAGAGCUACCUUUGUGUUUGCUGUCUGAUCAAAUCUCUGCUAGAUGUACUGAAAAUGUCAACCACGGUUCAGAUUUUUGAGUGUGAACUUUGGGUUGAAAAGUCUCAACUGAAACGAGGUUAAGGCAGUUCUGGGCUUUCUGUUGCCGUGCAGGGUUUAGGUCAGCUGGCCUGAAAAAUCCAAAUAUGAAGAGUUGUUUUAUGUCCAAAUGAGAUCUGACAACCAUUAGCAGUAGCAGCCUGCUGAGUGUAUAUGGAUAUAGGAGUGACCUUUAAAACACACUUUAAAAGGGUCCAGGUGUGAAAGAGAUACUGUAGGUGGUUGUUUUUUUUUAAAAGAAUCCUAUUCCAGCACGGAGAUGCAGCAGUUGUGUGGUUGUGCUGUCUGGAGGCCAUGAAGAUGUAUAAAAUUAACAGUCAGUAACUGCAGGAUACAGCUGUAGCUAUAUGCUGUAAUUAUGUUUUUAAGUAUUAUUAGCAGUGAUUUAAUGUGACUUAAAGAGGGUUAUCAUCACAUGUAAACAAUGCAAACGAAAAGGAACAUGGUGCAAUCAGAGAUCAAUCUAAUAUGAUGUCAGUACAAAUUUUAUGCAUUUUCAUGUGAAGCUAAAGAUGGGAAACCAGGUUCAGCCUUGACUACUGUAUGUCUCUGAUUACAUGUUUUAAAUACAUGUGUUUGGAUGAUGCUGUUAAGAGCAGAUGAUCUGCUUUUACUUAUGCAUGUUCUGCUGAAAACUACCGUGUGACACUGUUAUUAUUGUGUUUUACUUUGAUGUCUUGCCUACUUUUUUUCAUUCUUUGAUUCUUCUCUGGUCAGUAGUUAUCUGAAACCACAGCUGCACAAAGACCAUGUCAUAGGUAUUGAUCUGCGUCUUCCGAGCAGAAAAAUGCUGAUUUGGUUUUCCAGUAGACGUUUUCUAGACUUUAUCCAGGAUUAGAAUGCUGUUUGAUGCUCUUAAAAGUCUGUUCAGUUGUGUAAUCGCUACAUAUUCCAGCUUAAUUAACAGCAUAAAUCUUCUUAUUGCCUGCUUCCUACUAACCAUUUGACCAACUAAACUACUUAAAGGUUCCCUGCUUAGUCAUUGAGCACUGAUGGUUUGCAAGAGCUGUAUUUCAGGAAUCCGUUUCUUAACUGUGUCCAUCAGUGUGCACAGAAAAAUGCAGAUUGGAGUUAUGAGCAUGGAGUUAAAGACAUAUUUAUACUGAUGACUGCAGAGAACAAUGGUACAAAUAUAAGUAGCAAUGGAGGGCAAAUACAUUUUAGCAAGUGUAGUGCACACUGUACAUUAAAUGAGCCUACCACAGGAGAAAAGUAGCAAGCUAAGCUAUACCAAUAUGGCAAAAUUAGUUACUAAAUCAGAAACAACUUUUUUAUUUGACUUUUUCUGUCCUGUUUUAUUCAUUUCCCACCUACAGACUUUGUAAAACAUGUAGCUAGCUAGUAGUUAGACAGAAAAAGCUAUUUGAUUCAGAAAAUAGCAGGAGCUACAAGAAAUGCAGUUAAACUAGUAAGCUUAUGCACGUACUUGUAGCAAUGUUGCUGCCCAACGCUGAAAACACAAUGUUGAGGCCUUUAACAUAGAACCAGGCUAGUUUUUUCUUGAUCUGUUUCCAGUAUUUAUGCUAAGCUAAACUGGCAACCUGCUGACUGUAGCUUCAUAUUGACUAGAGACAUUUUAAAGUUAAUAUCAACUCUCUCAAAUCUCUCAAUGAGGGGAAUAAGCAUGUUUCCCCAAAUGAUAAACUACACAAAGUUGUCAACAUUUACUUGAGCAUACAAAGUGCCAGACAUGUUAUCUUAUUGUUCUGUUGAAUGUGGACUGUCCAGACUGCUGAAUGCAGUGUAAACAGUCCAGCAAUCUUUUUUCUAAUGAAUGAGAUGGAUGUGGGCAUGAUUGUUUGCAGUGAUUAAUAGACUGUCAAUGUAAAAUCAGCUCUGUUUCAUGCGUUUGCCGCAUUAACACAGUACGCUGCUGUGCACCCAGUGAGAAAAAGAGGGAAAACAUGUAGCAGAAUAAUGCCAGCUGAUAUUACAGCUGCACAUGCUGCUUUGUAUCAUGUUUGUUAAGACCUCAGUUUUUUAACCCUCUAAGGAAUAUUCAGAUGAUAUAAAACCAGGUUUAUGCUCCAUUCAGUGUUUAGGUUUCCUACCUGCUGCAGGAGCUACAGUUCCACAGAUAAGGUUUUUAAAAAUGAUUUGGGUUGCAGCAUUUGGUUGGGACUUGCAGAGUAGUAACUCACUGUCCUCUUAAACUCAGUUUUCAUUUCAUAUUUUCUGAUGGUGACUCUCUCAGCAGUGACAUAGAUAACUGUCCUGGGAUUUUUGUCACUAAAACCUACAGAAUCAGUCUGAAAACCUUCAGUCAGUGGAUGAUAUGGUGAUUAGGUUGUAAUUACAGCAAUAAGGGUGAAUUAAUUGCUGGAAUUGGAAGGUGUAUUAAUGUCAUCUUAUCCACAAUACAAAAGAUAUGAGGUUGUGUGGUUGUGUUAGAGGAUGAUGUAUUUAUUUUGUUAACAGUUUCUUCUGUUUUCUGCAUGAUAAGGUCAUUUGAACAAAGACUGCAACAGAUUUUUUUGAGUUUUAUUUCACACAGUUUUAAUUCCCUUCCACACAAAGAUCACCCUCCAGUGUAAAAUACAACCAACAGCAGUCACUCAGAUGCUGUACAAAGACUGUAGAUAAUUUCAUUUGUUGCACUCUGGAGACUCAAUACUUGGUUAGGUCUCACGCUGAAAGACAAAUUCAUACAGUGGUUUGUGCAGAAAAUGUAAUUUAUUUUAAUUAGAGAGGAUAUUUUUGUGUUGUUGUAGUUCAUCAGGCUGUAAUGUGGGCAAUAAUUUUAGCUAUGUUCCAUUAGAAAACAGUAUGAACUACGUGUUGCAUGUCUUAUAAAGCAGAGGUGUGUGAUGCAGCCACAUGAUAAGUCAGGCAGCCUGACUGAGUCACAUUUCAGGAGCCAGUUAAAGGUCACAAGUGACAUUUCAGGCUGUGGAAACAUCACUCGAGGGACAAUACUGAGAAUAUCUGCUGUGUAAGAUGUAGAGUAUGUUCACCACAAUGCAGUUUUUGUGUCAUAAUUUGAAUAAAUAUUUGCAGAUA